AUGAUCCAGCCUGUAAUGCUCUAUGGGUUGGAGACGGCACCUCAAACAAAUAAGACGACAAAGAGACUGGAGGUGGCCGAGAUGAAAAUGUGCAGAUGGGCGUGUGGGGUGACCAGGAGAGUCAGAGUAAGUAAGGAGACAAAUGGGAAUGAAGAACAUCGGAUUAAGGUGCAAACGUGCGAGACUGAGAUGGUUUGGACACGUAAAGAGGAGGAAUGCGUCGGAAAUAGGAUGUUGAGCAAGGACCCAUCAGGAAAAAGAAAAAGAGGACGCCCGAAGCAACGGUGGAUGGACAAUAUCAACGCUGAUAUGCGGUCUGUGGGUGCAAAGGAGGAAGACAUGCAAGUUAGAAAAUUCUGGAAGAUGUUUAUAUCUACCGAAGCGACCCCAUAA